AUGCCACAACUUGAAGUUCACGUAAUUAAGGGCGUAAAUUUACCCAAGAUGGAUGUUGGAAUUGGCGCCAAAAGUGAUCCCUACGUUGUGAUGAAGAUUGGCAAGUGCAAACAUCAAACCACCAUUAAGAAGAAUACUUUAGAUCCGAUCUAUAAUGAAACCUUCCUCUUUACCUUUGAAAAUAAGGGAGAGGCUACCACCUCCGCUACCAAAUUAAAAUUACAAAUGUUUGAUUAUGAUAAGUUAACAAAGGAUGAUAAGAUGGGAAAGGCUAGUAUUGUUCUGAGUGGAUUAAAGAAGGGAGAAGUAACCAAGCAUACUAUCAAGAUUGGUCCGAAGGGAAAUUUACUUAUUGAAUUGAGAGCCUUAGAUUUUGGUUUGAGUGCUGAUGAUGAUGAUAUUGAACAAGAUAUUAAGAAGGCUUGUUAUUAUUACUUUAAAACACCAGUUGAUGAGCAGGGAAAUAACAAUGAAAUGGAAUCAGAGGCCAUUCAAAGUGCAGCUUUUGAUGAGAAAUUAAUUGCUAAUUAUUUAGAGUGGCAAAUUCAAACGCCCGAUGAUGAAAUCACAACCUUUGUCAGAUCUUCAUUGGUGAAUGGUGGUUGGUUCAGAGUGAUGAAAGGCCAAAUAGAUGACAAUUACUACUAUUACAAGUAUGCUGGAAUUAAUGAUGAAGGUUUUGAGGAGUAUGAUCAAGCCACUGAAGAGGAAUUGACAGAUUUGGAUAAUGAUAUGAAACAGUGGAAGUUAGAGAUGGAAUAUCAAGUCGAUGAAAGUGAAAGGAAACAAUUGUAUUUUGUGACUGAAUAUUUGGAUAGUGCCACUGGAGAAUAUUAUGCUGUCUAUUCUGAUAAGCAACAUCUAUAA